AAGAUUAAUUACAAUGGCACUUACUAGUAAGAAGUAUUCAUUGCUCUUCCUCUGCAUCGUCGCCUCGUUGGCUGCUGCAGCUGCCGAUGAUGUCAAUGCUACGCUGGCAGAAAUCUACAGGAAGAAGGCUGCAGAUUCUUACGACGAAUCCCUGAAGGCGUACAAUCCCAACCCCCACGGAGCCACCGAUGAAUUUAACCAACUUGUUGGCAAGUCAUUGAUCAAACAAAAUGUGACGAGGAGGCACCUGAAAGAAGGCGAGUGCAAGGCCACAAAUCCCAUCGAUCGAUGCUGGCGCUGCGACCCCAACUGGGCUAAGAACAGGAAGAAGCUCGCCGACUGUGCCCGCGGAUUCGGGCACGACACCACCGGAGGCAAGAAAGGGAAGUUCUACAUGGUGAAUGAUCCGACCGACGACGACAUGGACCACCCGAAAGAGGGGACUCUCCGGCACGCAGUCAUCCAGGAGGAACCGCUGUGGAUCAUAUUCUCGCACAGCAUGGUGAUCACGCUGAAACAGGAGCUGAUGUUCACCUGCGACAAGACCAUCGAUGGCAGAGGAGUGCAGGUCCACAUCGCCCAUGGCGCCGGCCUGACAAUCCAGUUCGUGCACAACGUCAUCAUCCACAACAUCUGGGUUCACAACAUUGUGCCCAGGGCCGGCGGGAUGAUUCGGGACACGCUCAAGCACGUGGGGCUGCGCACCGCCAGCGACGGCGACGCCAUCAGCAUCUACAGCUCCAACCAUGUCUGGAUCGACCAUGUUUCCUUGGCCAAGAGCUCCGACGGCCUCAUCGACGUCAUUGAGGGAUCCACCGCCAUAACCAUCUCCAACUGCAAAUUCAACCACCACAACGAUGUGAUGCUGCUGGGCGCACACGACAGCGAUGCGAAAGACGCGAUUAUGCAAGUGACGAUCGCCUUCAAUCGAUUCGGGAUAGGUUUGAUUCAGAGGAUGCCGAGGGCACGAUGGGGAUUUGCGCACGUCGUCAACAACGAUUACUCCCAUUGGGAACUUUACGCCAUUGGAGGGAGCGCUCAUCCCACCAUCAUCAGCCAGGGAAAUCGAUUUAGGGCAUCCAAUUACAGAUACACAAAGGAGGUCACAAAAAGGGAUUAUGCUCCCAAGAGCGAGUGGAUAAAAUGGCAAUGGCGGUCGGAAGGGGACCUGUUCAAGAACGGAGCUUUCUUCACGGAAUCAGGGCCACCGCUGAAGCAUGAAAAUAGCCCAUUGACAGGGAUGAAUCUGGUGAAGUUCAAGCCCGGCACAUUCGCCGGGAGGCUCACGCGCAGCGCCGGUGCACUCAGAUGCCGCACCGGCAAACUCUGCUGAUUCUUUCGCCGGGGAGUUCUUUAUCAUUUUGUACGGAAAUGCUUUUCUUUGGGGUAGCCAUCGAAACGACGACUGUAGGAACAUCUUCCUCCUCCUUCCCCAUUUCUUUUUCUUCCCUGCGGUUCUUUGUGUAUAUAUAUAUCAGUGUAACUGUAAAGGAGAUUCGCAGUAGUAGAAAUAGAAAUCAAUUACUCGGUUAUCCGAAUAUUUUCUAACCUAAUCAGCCAAUUAUCAAAUACUAUCAAAAUCCACACCAAACAAUAAAACAAAUGUAAAUCUGCGGC